GCUGGUUGGCUCUAGCGGUUGUAUGCUGUAGCUCGACCACAACGACGACGACUACCCACAACCACCUCGACUUGUCUCACGGUUAACAAUCAUUAGCAACUGUCAUCAUGGGCGUUGAACAGACCGACAAGUCAAUCAUCCUCACUCACGCAAAUGGCUCGACCGCAGAGAUCUACCUCUUCGGAGCCACGGUGACCUCGUGGAAGGUUAACGGCAAGGAGAACAUCUUCCUCUCCAAGAAGGCCGCCCUCGACGGGUCUGCCGCAAUCCGCGGCGGUAUCCCCGUUGUCUUCCCCAUCUUCGGCCCUCCUCCCUCGUCGCCCCCGGAGUACGCCGCGCUCAAGCAGCACGGUUUCCUCCGCACUCAGACCUGGAAGCUCGACAAGGUCCUCCUCGACCGUGAGGAGGGCGUCUCGGUCCGCCUCGUCGCCCCGCCCCCUCCGGCUUCGUUUGGUCACCAGGACAUCAACGUCCACUAUGUUGUCACCCUGGCCGGCCACCAGCUUGUCAGCGACCUCCACGUUCGCAACAACGGCAAGGAGGACUUCAAGUUCCAGGCUCUCCUCCACACCUACCUCGCCGUCCCCGACGCCUCCAAGAUUUCGAUCACUGGUAUUGCGGCUGGCGUGAGCUACAAGGACAAGGUCCUUGGAGGCCAGGAGUUCAAGGCGCCUGGUGGCUCGUUGGUCGUCGACCGCCAGCUUGACCGCGUCUACGCCAAGAUCCCUUCGCAGGAGAUCCAGGUCAGCGAUGGCCAGGAGGGUGGCUACAAGGUCCGCUUCCGUGGCUUCGAGGACGCUACCAUUUGGAACCCCACCGAGGAGGCUGGAAGCAAGAUGGGAGACAUGGAGCCCGGAGGAUGGGACCGCUACAUCUGCGUCGAGCCCGGAUUUGUUAGCGAGUGGAAGAGCCUUCCUCCAGGGGAGCAGUUCAUCGGCCAGCAGACCAUCACCCUCGUUUGACUAGCAAAGCUGUAGUAGCUGUGGCGUUGUGACUCGGACCGCUCCUCGUGCUCUCGUUUGGUGACAGCCAGGGCUGCCAAGCCCCGACAAGCAAUGCAGUGCCUGUCUCUGUUUGAAGCAGCAGCCAAGUAUUAUUCUGUGCUAGGACGAUGUCAAUAGCUUAAUGUUAUCAGCCCAGUGC